GAUACUUAUGAAAUGGUGCUUAAUGAAUGUAAAAAUCAUCUGCCGAAAUCGAUUUGAAAAUAUUCGCAGAAUAAAUAUUCUAAUCGCUGUUGGUUUGUGUCCAUGGUUGGGUGUCCGUUCUUGUUUCUAUGUCAUGCUUUUACUCUGCUUAUCAUCUCGAUAAAUGGUCAUUGAGUGAGCGAUGCAAGUGUCGGCGAACUAGUUUAUUACCCUUGAAUCUCUAUUGAGGAUCUGUUAUGGAACUGAAGUCAGAUCGUGAAAUGGUAACUUGCUGUGGCAAAACCUUCUGUUUACCCUUGAAUUUGCGAAGUUUAUAAACUACUUUGAGUGGGUUGAAACUUCAAGCUUCUAAGACGGUUUGAUCAUUGAUGUUGCAAAGUUGGUUCAUUUUUUUGCACCCUAGAAGCUGCAGGUAGACUCUGAUACAAUUUUGUUGUUUUUUUUUGUUUCAAGUUGGUUUUGUUCCUCCUUUGAGUAGCUGAUGCCUCGUGUUUCGUCUGUUGAAAAUAUAUGCUGCUGUUACUGCUUACUUGGUUUCUUUUAGGGUUUUCUUAAGAACCUUUCACGUUGAAUUGUGUUGUCUGUCUUCAUUAGUUCUGAUGUUAUUCUUUCAGUAAGCUAUACUGUGAAUUUUUUCUACAGGUAGAUCUGCUCCUAGGGCAGCUCCUCGUCGUCCAGCACCUCAACCAGCUAAUCGAGCUACUCCUCCUGCUGUUGCUCAGAGCAGUGGUGGCGGCUCAUUGCUUGGAGGGAUUGGCUCCACCAUCGCACAAGGUAGGGAUGGCUUUUGGCACUGGGAGUGCAGUGGCCCAUAGGGCUGUCGAUGCUGUGAUGGGACCCCGUACUAUUCAGCAUGAAACUGUUGUCGCUGAGGCUGCUGGUAUCCCAGCACCCACUGCGAGCAACAUGUCUGUUGACGGGUGCGGUAUUCAUUCCAAGGCGUUCCAGGAUUGCCUGAACAGCUCCGGCAGCGAAAUCAGUAAGUGCCAGUUCUACAUGGAUAUGUUGGCCGAGUGCAGAAGGAACUCUGGUUCUGGGUUGAGCGCCUAAAUGCUCUUUCUUGUUGUCCUCUCGUCAGUUGUCUAUUUGUGCACCUUGAGGGUGAAACACGAAGUAUUUCUUUUGCUAUUUGUUGAGAUACUAUUUAAUAACGGCAGACUUGAGUAAGGGCGCCGGAUGAAAUAGAUCAUUGAAGGAUAUUCCAAUUAAGUAUGGUUUCGUAAUUCCUUCAGAUUGAUUGGUCUCGCUCACGGGUGCAAUCAUGGUCCAUUAAACCGUACCGGCGGUUCAACCACGAAAUACCAGUAUAGGAGGCUAAACCGAUAGGCG